AUGCAACUGGGAGAAGUAGUGGAUGUGAGAACCAAAAAGUUAGGGAAAACUGGUCGCAAGCCAUUUGAAUACUCUGAUGAGUGGCUUAUGUUUGUCCCACUUUACAAGAGAACCACAAACAGAAGCUAUGGUGCUGCUCUACAUAUCAAUCAUAUGGUGAUACACAGGUUGAAGAAAAGGGGCAGAUUUAGGGCAGUGUCAGCAAGUAAUCACCCAGCAUUAUCAGAAAAUCACAAAGUUGCAAGGCUUAAGUGGGUUUUGCAACACAUUCAUCCAAUUCCAAGUGAGGGGGACCCUACAAUUAUGGAUAUGCAACAUCACAUACACAUUGAUGAGAAGUGGUUCUACCUAAACCCAAAGACAAGGACUUUCUAUCUAACCCCAAAUGAAGAGGUCCCAUACAGAGCACAACAGUCUAAAAGGUUUAAGAUAAAGGCAAUGUUCAUGAGAAUGGUAGGCAAACCACUUUAUGCUGCAGAUGGGACUCUUAUUCACUCAGGGAAGUAUGGUUUGUUCCCUUUUGUGAAACAUGAGAGGGCAAAAAAGAAAAGCAAAAACAGAGAAGCAUGCACAAUGGAGAUGACAGGGCCACAUCAAGUACCAGGAGAUGAAGAGUUUUUGGCAGCAACACAAGCUAAUGGGUUUAACAUUCAAUUUGUUUUCCAACCUGCCCAAUCACCAGACCUUAAUGUGUUGGACCUAGGUUUGUUCAAGGCAAUUCAAUCCAUACAAUGCCAGUCAUUCCCAAAAAAUAUUGAUGAGCUACUUGAGAAAGUGGCAGAGGCAUUUGAGUUGUUUGAUCCAACACUAAAUAGGUACACUUGGAUCACACUACAGGCUUGCAUGAUUAAGGUAUUGGAAAAACAAGGAGGGAACAACUACAAUCCACCACAUAUGGGCAAAGCAAGGCAAGACAGGCAAGGGACUUUGGAGGACAUUUUGAAGGUAGACAGGACACUAAUUGCAGACACAGUGGAAUAUCUCAACACUCUCUUUGUUCCAACCAUAGGACCUCAACCAGAAAGUGAAGAUAUGGAAGUAGAUGCAGAUUGA